UUCAAGCUCAAGAUCUGCUGUUUCAAAACUCAAAAGCUUCAUUUGUGUCACAAGAAAAUCUUCAACGUAACAAUGGAUACAGAUCAUAGUGAAAGUGAAGAAUAUAGAGACUACAAAGGAAGGAAAGCAGAUCCAAGAAAGCAUGGUGGAUUCAGAGCUGCUGCUCUUGCUUGUGUGGUGGAAGUGUUGGAGAACAUGGUGUUCUUAUCAAAUGCUACCAACUUUGUUUCCUACUUUCUCAAGUCAAUGCAUUACUCAGCAGCCAAGUCUUCAAACAUGGUCACUAACUUCAUUGGAACCUCCUUUCUCCUUACCAUUGUUGGAGGCUUCAUCAGUGACUCCUUCUUCACAAGGUUCAAAACAUUCAUCAUCGCCUGCGUCAUAGAACUACUGGGACUAAUCUUGCUGACAUACCAAGCUCAACACUCCAAUUUGAAACCAGCAGAGAAUAGAACGCCAUCUGAGAGUGAAGCUGCUAUACUCUACUGUGGACUCUAUGCAAUAGCCAUUGGUGUUGGUGGAAUCAAGUCUUCAUUGCCUACACAUGGUGCUGAUCAGCUUGAUCACAACAAGCAACACCACAUUUCUUCAUUCUUCAACUGGUACUUUUGUUCCCUAUGCACAGGAGGCCUUACUGCAGCAACUGUGAUGGUUUGGGUUGAAGAGAAUCUAGGCUGGAACUUGAGUUUUGUGAUUUCUGAUGUAGUCUUGGGUUUGGCUCUUUGCAUUUUCGUCCUUGGAUUUCCCUUUUAUCGCUAUAAAUCUCCUUCUGGAAGUCCUUUAAAGAGGAUCUUUAAGGUUUUUGUUUCUUCAGCUCGUAACCGGAAAGCUUCAGCAGUGGGGACAGUGAAUCACAGGGCAGUAGCAGAAGAAGAUGCGACAGAACAAUCACAUGAUAAAUUCAAGUUCUUAAACAAAGCUUUGCUGUAUGACACCGUAGAUGACGCUGAGGUAGAAGAAACAAAAACCUUCCUUGGCCUCCUUCCAAUUUUCUUAACCACAAUAAUGAUGAACUGUUGCCUAGCUCAGCUUCAGACAUUCACAGUUCAACAAGGAAUCAUCAUGAGCAGAAAGCUCAACACCUUCACAAUCCCCACCCAAUCCCUCACAGUACUCCCACUCAUCAUCAUGAUCGCCUCCAUACCAAUCUUCGAAAACCUCAAGUACUUCUACGGACACAAACACUUCACUCAAAGCAGGAUUCUGCAACCACUUGGAAGAAUAGUAGGGCUAGCUCUUGCAUCAGUGUCCAUGGCAGUGGCUGCCAUAGUUGAAGCUAAGAGAAGAGAAGAAGCAAAGAAGAAUGAAGCUGUGAUACUGUCAGUUUUCUGGCUGGGAUGGCAAUACUUGUUCUUGGCUAUAUCAGAUGCACUUACUUUGAGUGGAAUGCUUGAGUUUUUCUACUCUAAAGCUCCUGGAAGGAUGAGAAGCAUGUGUACUGCACUUUCAUGGUGUUCAACCUCCAUGGGAUAUUUUAUCAGCUCAGUGCUUGUGAAGAUAAGCAAUGGAGUGAGUGGGAGAUAUGGCAGAGAGUGGCUUGGAGGACAUGAUCUGAAUCAUGCAAGAUUGGAUCUGUUUUAUGCUCUUCUUUGUGUUCUGAACUUUCUUAAUUUCUUGCUUUACUUGUACUGUGCUAGGAGGUACUAA